UACAAAAUAUGAAUAUUGUAUAGACCUUAUGAGGGCGUAGUCGUGUCGCAAUGAAUGAAAUAAAGUGCAACGGAACAACAGUGUACUGUGUGGAAGUGUUCUAUCUUAUAUUGAAAAAAUAAUCUAAUAUAACAUAUACCGGAAAAGGAGAAUGGCCUGGGCACACGUACCCGGAAAAGUUCAAGAAAGAAACUUUAUCAAAGAAGAAGCUAACGCAAUUGCACGUUUGCUCUUGUCGGCAAAGAAUGGGCAAUGGGACACAGUCUGGGAGAUACUGGGAAGUCCGGAAAAUCCAAAGCGAGAUAGAUUGUUCAAUGUCAUACCAGAAAACAGACGUUGGGGUAUUCUCCAUCAAGCAAUGUACUGGAACAAUAAGCAAAUAUUACUUUACCUUCUGAGAUAUUCUGCAUGUGACUCAGAAAUACGAACUAAACAAUGCACUUCUGAGUGUGGAGAUACUAGCGGCAAAUGUGCUUUGGAAAUUGCAAAACAGUAUAAAUAUAUGCAACUCGCCGACAUUCUGACCAAACAUGAAAAUAAAAUACACGAUCAAAACACACCGACGUUUGAAUCCUAUGACAACUACAACCAGAACAAUGGUUUAGGCUUAUUGGCUGUAUCGUUGGCUGCUUACAAACAAACUUUCCAUCCGAGGCAAGUAGACCCUAGUAAGUCUAUAAUGGAAAUUCUCGGCGACAUAUUCCAAGACAUAAAUAAUUCAGAGAAGAGAUGGAAAGAGGUACAAGAUAAAGUUUGCGAUUCUGUUUAUGUCGUCUGUGAAGACAACAGCAAUAGGAUUAUGAAAAGCAGCAGUCGCCAUGAAUUCUUCGUGAAUAUCAUCGACACCUACACAGAAGAGGAAAAUCGAAUGUACACGUUCCUGAACCUUGCAUUUCGAAGACAAAGAGACAAAAAUUACAGACCGACUGGAGAUGAUCUGUCACUUGGUCCAUAUGCGGUCAUGUAUCAGAUGUUACUAUUGUACUGGCCAGACCUCCCCCGUGAAAGUGGCGAAACGUAUCGAAAAAUGUUGCUGGUGAAAUCAGAUGUUGACCAAUAUGCUGUUGGGAAAAGAUUUGUCUGGCAGUCCAUAGUAUCUUCGUCAACACUUCUCGAUUGUGCCAUACCAUUUCCAACUUGUGGACCUGAGGGUGAACAGUCUGUGAUAUUUACUAUUGAUAACAGAGCAAACAGUUUAUGGCAGCCUAGAAAUAUAGAAAAGUAUGCUAGAUAUGUGGAGCAUGAGAGAACAUACCCAGCUGGUGCUAAAUUUACCGUUACCCGGAAAACUGUAAAAGGCUCUGACAUACAUAUUGCGCUAAAACUUUUAUGCAACUGAACAUAUUUCGAAUUUUGUUCCCAGUAAUAUUGUGUGUAUGAAAAUUGAGUAGACAUUGCGAAAGUUUAUAUGGUUAAAAUUUAUUGAAAUAUGUAAAGGUCUCUUUUGUUCAAAUCGAAAUUUAAUUUAAUUUAACAAGAAUGUGAUUAUUUCAAAUCAGAUAAAAACUGAUGAUCUUUGUAAAAACUUAAUUUCGCGACCGUUCUACACAUUACAUUUUGGAUGUAAGUAUCAAAGGAUAUUGAUUACGUAUGAAUAAACUAUAGUUUAGUAUGGUAUGGAAAAAGAGGAUCGACGACGUUUGAGAUAACAUUUGCGGAUACUCAUUACUUCUAAGGGUUGUGAAAACAUUCAAAUUUGAAUAUUAGAAACGUUUCCAGUGACUAUGAAGCUGAACAAAUCAGUCAUAACUUAUAUUAAUCAAACUCGUACCCUAUUAGUCUACUUUUUAUUGUAAACAAUGUAAACAAAUACAUGAAUGUAUACAAGUCAGUUAUGUCUUAUAUCAGUCACACUCUCGCCCUAUAAGUAAGCUUUCUAUCUAAAACAAACAAACGUACUAAUCAAAAUGGAUACUUAAUUUUAAAAUGGUAAAAGUUAAUUAAAAUCGAAUAUGCAAAGACAUUUCAUUUCUUUAACGACUUUACCCAUUGUUAAAAAGUCGCAAAAUACACAUAUAGCUAGGUAUUGUUUGCAUUUAAAAAGAUGCAGAGGUGUAGACAUGGACUUUUCGCUAUUACAUGGUCAAAUACGAAACCAAAUCUAAACGUGUUCCUAAGAUACCCAGAAAUCCCGAAAAUAAGUCGGUUUUGAAAUUAAGCCGGUCUCGAAAAUAAGCCACCAUUUCACUACAGGAAAAAAGGGCUCGUAAAUUAGCCGCACUCAAAAAUAAGCCGUACAUUUUUUUGUAUCAGUAAUUGUUUCAAUGACUUUGUCAGGUCACAAUAUAAGAUGGCAAAAGUUACCAACGUGUAUAUGGCAGUUUUAUUUCGAAAUGUAAUAGCAAUAAAACAUACUUUGGAAUAAAAACACUUAAUACAAUGCAAGUUGUGCUGAUUUUUAAAACCCUAGACAGAUUGAAACUUUAAAAGCAAUAAAAUUCCUGUCUCAAACACUUUUUGUCAUGUAAUUCUAUUAAUUAAAAUGACCGGUCUUUAUAACACAAUGCAGUGUUUUCACGUAUUGUGUAAAAUAUUCAUUCUUGUUGGGUGAUUAAAUCAUAGGUGUAAAAUAUUUGU